GAGGGCGCGCUGCUCCUCCCGCAUUCACUGGGUCUCUUGCUCUGCACGUGGUAUCCCAAUCAGUUUGGGAACACACAGGCCGAGCCUUUCCCCUGCUGCUUCUGUGCCUCUUCAUCUGCCGCCUGUGAGUCCAACGUGCAAGGGACUUUUUCUGCCCCACGCUCUCUGCUUUACUUUCCGUGUGUCCUGAAGAAAGGUGGCGUGCUCCCGGGACUUUCCGCGGCAGGUGAUGAUAGUAUUUGGAGACUUGGCUGUGUAUUUCACCUGGGAGGAAUGGCAGAACAUGAACAAUGCUCAGAAAAUCCUAUACAGGGAUGUGAUGCUGGAGACCUAUGAAACCCUGUUUUCCUUGGGGCACUGUAUGACCAAACCUGACUUGAUCUUCAAGUUGGAGCAAGGAGCAGAGCCAUGGAUGGCAGAAGAAUGCCUAAAUCAGAGCCUUCCAGUUGCCAUGAAAGAGGAUGACCUGCUUAGGAACAACCAGGAAAGUCAAGACAAAAAUCUGAAUCAGGAUGUUAUGAAAACUAACAAAUCACCAGUUCUCAAGAUAGUUGAAUUAAGAAAAACACUUAAUGCAAGUUCAAGAUAUAUUCCAAAACUGAUUAUCAAAACAGGAACUUAUUCAAGAAUGAAACCUAAGGAGGGCAAUCUAUGUCACAAUGUGUAUCCUCUCAGUUGGCUUGAUCAAUUACAAGUUGAAGAGAAAUUUGAUGCCACUAAGUUAUCUAGAAACUCUCUCCAAUUCUGUCAGCCUCUUAGUCAGUAUCACAAGAUUCAAACUGUGAAGCAGCCAUUUGAACAUAUAGUACAAGGGAAAGGCUUCACAAAGAAGAAAUUCUGUAAAUCUGAUAGGAUUCAUGUUGUAGAAGCCUGUAAUAAGUCAACCAUCACUGUUGGAAAGACAACACAUAGAGAAAAAGUUUUCCAUGAAAAUUCUAACCUCAGAAUGUGUCAACAAACCCACACAAGAGAGAAAUUUUAUGAAUAUAUUAGGUAUGUGGAACCUGCCAUUUACCAAUCAUAUCUUGCAACCAAUUGGAGACCACAUAUAGAGAAAAAACUCUAUGUAUGUAAACCUUGUGGAAAAUCAUUCACUUUUAAGUCCUGCCAUAACAUCCAUUACAGUACUCAAAUGCAGGAAAACCCCAAUAUAUGCAAUGAAUAUAAAGAAACCAGUGACCAGAAGUCAGAUCUCAGUAGAAGUCAGAAAAUUCACACACAGAAGAAAAUUCAUGAAUGUAAUAAUUGUGGAAAAGCCUUUUUGUGCAAGUCAUCCCUCAGCAAACAUAAGAGACUCCACACAGAGGAGAAGGCUUAUGAAUGUAAUGGCUGUGGAAAAGUUUUUCACCAGAGGUCAAACCUUAUAAUGCAUCAGAGAAUUCACACAGGGGAGAAACCUUAUGAAUGUAAUGACUGUGGAAAAGCCUUUAGUCAGAAGUCAAGCCUCAUAACGCAUCAGAGAAUUCACACAGGGCAGAAACCUCAUGAAUGUAACUACUGUGGAAAAGCCUUUGGCCAGAAGUCAAGCCUCAUAAUGCAUCAGAGAACUCACACAAGGGAGAAACCUUAUGAAUGUAAUCACUGUGGAAAAGCUUUUGGCUGGAAGUCAAACCUCAUAAUGCAUCAGAGAACUCAUACAGGGGAGAAACCUUAUGAAUGUAAUGACUGUGGUAAAGCCUUUGGCCAGAAGUCAAACCUCAUAACGCACCAGAGAACUCACACAAGAGAGAAAAUUCAUGAAUGUAAUGGCUGUGGAAAAGCCUUUGGCCAAAAAUCAGACCUCAUCAAACAUCGGAGAAUUCACAUAGGGGAGAAGUGUCAUAAAUGUAAUGACUGUGGAAAAGCCUUUGUCCUGAAGUCAAGUGUCAUACGACAUCAAAGAAUUCACACAGGGCAUAAACCUUAUGAAUGCAAUGACUGUGGAAAUGCCUUUAGCCAAAAGUCAGACCUCAUCAAACAUCAAAGAAUUCACACAGGGGAGAAACCUUAUAAAUGUAAUGACUGUGGGAAAGCCUUUGGUCAGAAAUCAGACCUCAUUAAACAUCAGAAAAUUCACACAGGGGAGAAAUCUCAUGAAUGUAACGACUGUGGAAAAGCUUUUAGCCAGAAGUCAAACCUCAUCAAACAUCAGAGAAUCCACACAGGGGAGAAACCUCAUGAAUGUAAUGAAUGUGGAAAAGCCUUUAUCCAGAAGUCAAACCUCAUCAAACAUCAGAGAAUCCACAGAAGGUAGAAACUUGAUAACUGUCAUGACUGGAAAAGCAAGAGAUUUCACACGGGAGAAGUCUUAUGAAUGUAAUGACUGGAAACCUUUGGCAAUAAAUCAUAACUCAGUGCAUCAGAAUUCACACAAGAAAUCUCAUGAAUGUGAUAACUAAAAAAGGCUUUUGCUGUUAAGUCUUGAUUAAUAACAUACCAGAGAAUUCACAGAGGAGAAACCCCAUGUGGGUAAUGACUAUGGAAAAGGCUUUGGCCAGUAAUCAGACCUGAUUGAACAUCAGAGAAAUAAACAUAGGGAAGAAAUAUGAAUGUAAUGACUUCAAAAUCCAUUUGCUAUAAAUCUCAACUCAUAACAGAUGAGCAAAUUCACACAGGAGAGAAAAGUUAUUAAUGUAAUGGGUGUGGAAGAGCUUUGGGAAUAAUGCAUCAGAGAACUCAUAUAGAGGGGAAACUUCCAAAUCCAAUGACUGGAGAAGCCUUUCACCAUUAAUCAAACAUCAGAACAUUCACACAGGGAAGAAACCUUAUGAAUGCAAUGGCUCAGAAUGCUUUUUACCAUAAUUCAACCCUCAUUGAACAUCAUCUAAUUCAUAAUGGGGAAAAGCCCUUUGAAUAUAAUGCAUGUAGAAAAAUCUUUCCCAGAGAACUCACACGGGGAGAAAGCUUGUGAGUGUAAUGAGUGUGGGAAAGCUCUUUGCCAGAAUCACACCUUAUAACAUCAGAAAAUUUGUAAUGUGGAAAUUAUUAAUGACUGUAAUAUGGAAAUCCCAAAUGACAGUUGUCCCACACAUCACCAUCAUUGUAUAAUGGGGCCACCUCUAAUUCUAUGAAUUGCAAAACUCAUCUACUGAAUUUCCCUGUACUACUGAGUGUACAAUUUUAAAAUGUUUCAUUCAUGAUUCCCCUUUUCUCCUUUUCUUCCUUCAAUUUCUAUUCUUUCUUGCCCAGAGAAAAGAACAUUGAAUAAAGUCUGAAUGGACUUUGUUUUUGCAAAAGAGAAUCAGUAAUACACUUUUCCAUUACUAUAACUUUACAAUGAUUUUGUUAUGAUCAUUUUGGUUGUAUUAUCUCCCCUCUCCCAAAGAU